AUGUGGAGCCACCCAUAUCGACAAUUCCAAAGGGCAAAGCUCUUGAAUUUGAAAUUGGUUUUAAUUUCAGUUGAUAUGAAAACGGGAGUGAUAACAGAACUUCCAAUUGCUAUUAGAGCAGAGACUGAACUAUCAAGUCGGCUUGAUCCAGAAGAAAUCAAUGAAGAAAAGAAAUUGGGCGAAGGUUCAUUUGGAGUGGUAUUCAAAGGUAACUUCAGAGGAAAUAUUGUCGCAAUAAAGAAGAUGAAGGUGGGUGGGAAAGACAAGAAGUCGAUUGAAGACUUUGAAAAUGAAGUGUCGAUGCUUGAAAAGUUCCGCAGUGAAUAUCGUGUAUUUUUUUGGGGCGGUAUUCAUCCCAAAUAA